UCAUGUAAAAGUAAUCUCGCAUAUACUGCGACAUCCCGGUGUUUGUGUUCCACCCCAGAACGGUGCGUAGUAGAGAAAACUUCAUUCACGGAUGUUAUUUGCGACUGAAUUUGUUUCCAAGGUUAACGAGAUUGGGCAAGAGUAUCCGGUGGGGAAAACUAUUGAAGAGAAAACGUUUGAUGAAAUUUAGAAGAAAAAAAAAACUUGCAUCCCGUAUCAAAGGAAGUGAUUAUUAGGGCCUACUCGUAGAGCUUAGUGAACCUGAAAAAAACUACAGAAUUUAGUAUCAAAUAAGUAGUUCUUAAUUUCAAUAUUUUUUUUUGCAGGGUUGACAAAAUAUCGAGAUACUUGGAAAUAUGAAUAGUACAAAAUUCAAAAAUAAAAAAAAAUAAAUCUGUUUCUGGGGUGUGAACUCUUGACCACGAUCCCGACAUUUGAUUUAUUUGUUGACAGGAAAUGGAGCGAUUGAAGGCGGGGCAAAUUUGUCAAGCUGACGACCAAUUACUUUGAAAACCUAUCUUCUAAAAGCAUCGUGUACAGCUCCUGGAUGUGCUCCAAAUCGUGAGAUAUCUAACAUGUAUAAGUCCCUCUGUAAUAAAUAACAAUACAGUCAAGAUGGGACAAAGGUCCGCAAACAAAAUGCAAUGAAAAAAGACGGGUUGUGAGUAAACUUACGACAACAAGGCUAUUUAAAUGCCUUUUGACUCAAAAAGUCUGGUUCGUGAACUUACUUGGCUUAGAACAUUAACAUUAUUUACCGUCAAUUCAUUGGCUAAGGCAUAGGUUUUACUAGAAUGAAAGGAUUUCCCGCCACGUCUACAUACGUCUUCCUAUAGACGUCUUCUAACUCAACGAAUUGUGUCAAAACGAGUAACGUUUCACGUCGGACUGACAUCCGUCUGUGUGCAACGACAAUGUCUCUACAUCGAAAUCCAGCCUCUCCUGGACGGUGUGUCAUUCUUCAGCCAAUGGUAGAAAGCCAAUUUCAAAUAGGAGUACUACUCAUGGAACAAGGAUGUCCAAAUUUAAACACUCAAACCAUUUUUAUCCACUUGUAUUUAUUGUUUACAAUAUUAGAAAGCUCGUGUAAUAACGACUAAUUUCCUAAGCGUUUCCUUGUUCUUUUAUAACAUUAUUACAUUUGAAGUAAUGAACCAAAAUGAUCACAUCAUUGAAGACAGUACACUGCGACAAAGCAUUACGUAGUCAUGUUUCAGAAAGUACAGGAUUCGUCUUUAAACGGUUAAAAUCAACUUCUAAAAUAUCCAAAGCUUAUGACGUCAUUGGCUGAUUGCUUCCUAAGGAGUGCUAUCGCACAUCUAAUUCUGUUCCUUUUGAGAUCGUUUAAUCGUCAUUUGACUUAAAUUGUUGUGAAUUAAGAGAUGGCUUUGUUUGUUUAAGUUUACUAAUCAAAAGCUGUUCGCUACUUCUGCUUGAAAAUACCUGUCAAAUACUAAAAAAUGUUCGCAGUCCAUGUGUCUUUCUGGAUCCAUUCCGCAUCGAGUCUCGCAUUUUGGGUGCCCGUCAUUUCGCUUUUGCAUUUUAGCGACGUCUGCGUUCUAAGAUUUCUUAUUGUCAAAUGACGUCUUGGAUACGUUAGUUUGUUUAAAAUGAGUGAGAUUGAGGGAUGUCGCAUUAGUAGCGAGUAUAAUGGAUUAUAUUUUUGUAACACAUUUAUUGCGAGAGAACUAGUAGCACUUAUUCUUACGCAAGUGGAUUAUCAAUCACUUAUUGCCAGCUGCCGACUUGUUUGUAAACAGUGGAACUCCAUAAUUACAGACCCGUUGUUUUGGAAGCACAAAACUGUAUCAGAGAAUAGGAAAUGGCCUAGUCUCCCCCGUGAAUGCAAUAUUCCCUGGAGCUUCUAUGCUAGUGUUUAUAUUUAUGAUCCUGUUGAUAGAAAUUUAAUUCGUAAUCCUAAUGGCAAAUAUAGGUUACAACAUUGGAUAGUCCUAAGCAAAGCAGGUGAUGGAUUUGCAUUCGAGCAGCCUCCUGUUGGCUCUGACAUUGUACCUUUAGAAGCUGAAAAUGAUUGCAAGCUAGUUGAAAAUGCUUGUUUUGCAACAUCGUACCACUCUUGCUCUAAAGAACAAAUAAUUGAUUUAUCAGCUCUGGGGUUUUUUCCAGAUGUUCUUAAGCAAUGCAAACCAAAUAUUUACUUUAAAGACUGGUAUGCUGGUCGCUUUGACUGUGGAUGUGUUUAUGAGUGCACAUUCUCACUGCUAGAUGAAGCCAAAAAUGUGAUUGAUGAUUUCCAAUUUCGUACCAGUAUCAACCAGUGGGAAGGCAGAGAAUGGCACAAGGUGGAACAUUGCUUUAAAGAAUAUCCAGAAAGCGUACGCUAUGUAAAAUUUUAUCACGGAGGAACAGAUCGUCAAUUCUGGGCCGGUCACUAUGGUGCGAAAAUGACCGGGGCCUCCGUCGUCGUCAGUUUCACUUGAUGGUGUACCCUGUAUUAUAUCAUUUCCGUAUCUAAGCCAAACAUGCAAUUCGAGUUUACUUAUAAUGAGCCUAGUGUCCACUGGUCGUGUACUGAUUUUGUUGAAAAAUCCAUGGUGCGUCAUCUA